GUUCAUAUUCAUAUAAAUCUGGAACUGGAAGCCAAAAAGAGAAGGAGAGAGAGAGAGUGGAUGAGAGAGGAUGAUGCCUGACAGGAGUAGGAGAAACACUGAUGAUUAAACGGCAGCGGAGAAGGAAAGACAAAAACGUUUAUUGGUAUUUUUUCACGUGUUGAAAACCCAUUUGUGGGGAGUACCACGUCAGUGUUCCAGCGUGGUAGUCCCGGCGUAUACAAUAAUUUCUCGUGAAGGACGGGUCUGGUGGGAAAAAUAAAAAUAAUAGAAACGGGUAAGGCUGGCCGCCUGCUAAUAAGAGUUGGGUCAAUUACUGAAAUACCCCCAUCGUAAAUGAAGGGGAGAGCAGGAAAUUUGAAUCCCUGAAAAAUUGACAAAAGUGUGCAUUAUAUUAAUGAUGGAUUAUAAAUCAAAAUUUAAUUACAAUUUUUUUUCUUAAUUGAGCUAGUGUUGAUCGGCUCACCUAUCUAUCCGUCAAACAAGUCGUUAGAAUUAAUAUAUUUAGACAUAUUGUGGAUGUUAUUUUGUAAUAUUAUCAAAUGUUUGGCUAAUUAUUAUUAAUUCAAUAAAUUUUACUAAUAAAAAAAUACGAGAAAGAUUUGACUAAUAAUUAGUAUUUACCAAAAACUUUGUGUGUUGUCCGUUCCUUGUGAUUGAUUAUUUGACAUGGGUAGGGAUAGAGACGGAUCAAGAAGAAUACAUUAACAUGAAGGAUUUGCUAAAACUGGAACACUAAACUUCUAUAAGGAAUAACAUUUUUAUAGGAUAAUUUAGCUCUCGACAUUUAGUGCAAAAUGGUUACAAAUCUUUAAUUCUUAACGAAUUAGUAAUACCAGUUUGAUCUAAUCAACACUCCACCUAAUCAAAAUGAUUAAUAAUAAAAUUGAACUUAACCAACCAAACCACCCAACACACCCGAUCUCCAGUCUCCACUCACCCGGACCAAAUUAAGCCUUUCUUCCAUUCUUCUCUCCUUAUCCUUCGCUUGCCCCUUUUCCUUUGUUCUUCUCUGAUGCAAUAUUUCAGCGGAAAGGAACCAAAAAUAUUGUCUCAAUCUUGCAUAUGGUGUCUUUAAUAUUCGUAGAAAAUUUCCGCGUCAUUAAUUGCCGCCCUUCUUCGUUUAUUGAUAUCGAGUCGUUACAAAUUAACGGUUUGUGAUUAUUUUGUAUUAAUUGUGAAUGUUUGUGAUAGUUUCUGCUAAUUAAGCUCAAUUCGUUUAGUUCCAAAAACUCAGAGACCAUGAUCUUCUGAAUUCAUUGAUUAAUGUCUUGGGUAGUCAAGGUCUGGGACUUGUAUUUUGAUUUUUGCAGCAGAACUUUUAGAAGUCCAGGGCAGGAAGGCCCAUGGCCUUUGAUCCAUAAAAGUCGGCCGUGACCCAGCAAAGAAAGUAAAAACCGUAUUACCCGGCCCACUUGCACCCCUGUCAGCAGCAGCCGCCGUAUAUGCAAACGAGAAGGAAAACCAUUUGUGGUCGGUUUCUUAAUGCCCAUAAAAAGAAAAAAGAGGAUUCCACAUCUCUUCGCGCUCCGGGCUAGCUUCUCUCCACCUCCACCGAAUCCUUUCUCCUCCGUCAUCGGCGUUUCUUAUCUUCGUCCGAUCUGUCUGUAUACGCCAUGGCGACCGAGGGCUGCCGCUCCUCGGAUUGUGAUCGGCCGCUGAGGGAACUCCAUGGCUGCUCAGGGAAAAAACGACGAAUCAAUUCAGAUGCAAACCUUCUGAUCAGUAAGCUAGGGGACGAUCUUCUUGUAGAGAUUAUGAUUCGCCUUCCCAAUCCUAGAUUCGCCUGCCGCUGCAAACUCGUCUGUCAGCGGUGGAGGUCCGUCAUCUCCCGCACCCGCUUCAAUCGCCGUUUUGUUUCUCACCGCCUGACCAUGAAUCCGAACGAUCUCAAAUUGAUGGUUCUUAGUUUUCUCCCUCCCAUGCCUAAUGGAGUUGAAGACCGAGACGCUCUUAAAGUUUUGGAUUGCAAAAAUGACUUAGUUUUAUGCGGGUUUUGGGAUACAUAUAGCGACGACAAGAUGCAUAGCAGGUCGUACUUGGUCUGCAACCUGUUCACGAAGCAGUGGAAUGCUAUUCCUUUAGCGCCCAAGAAGUCAGUGAUUUACGGAGCUCCCGUUGCAAGGUUAGUUUGUGAACCCCAGGCAUCUGUUUACUAUUCCGGGGAUCGGUUCCGGGUUGUGUGUAUAUAUCAUCAGAUCUUUCCAACAUCAUUUGUAAGACUAGACGUGUUUUGUUCCGAGUCUGGAGAAUGGACUAAGGAUGCCCUUGUACGUAAGGGUCAUCAUAGAUUGGGGAUAAAAAGUGUAGUUUCCUGCAACGGGGAGUUGUUUUGGAAGUAUUUUGAAUAUCCUCGCAGCGGUGUUCAAUUUGUGGCAGGGUUUAAUCCUUUCCGCUUCGAUUUGCCACCCACUUCCAUUGAUGUUUCUGCAUUCCUUGCAAAACCGCGGUGGUCUAUUGCCGUCUGUCAAGAUGCCUUGCACGUAAUUGUGCUAGAAAAUGAAGUUCCUCCUUUUCGUUCAAGCGUCUGGAGGUUGGAAGAAGAUCAUAAAUCUUGGAGAAAACAAUGUGAGGGGCUGGUGAACAAGACAUCAAAGUGUGGUAACUAUGAAGCCGGGGGCUUUUAUCAACCUUUUCUGCAUCCACAGAAGCCAGAAAUUGUCUUCUUCAAUCAGUUUGACAUUGGUAACGAUAAUAAUGUUAUUUUGUGCUGUGAUUUGAGAAGGGGAGAGUUAGAGUUCUUCACUAAACUAGAAGAGAUACUUGAAGCCUCUCACUUUUUGGUGUUCCAUCCGAGGGUUUCUCGCUGGUUUACUCAAAUUCCAGAGUUUGAGAAGUUGCGAGGCAUGCACAAGAGUGGUGAUCCACGAACUCCCUCCCUCAAUAACGAGCAGUUCAGCAUUCGGCUUGGUGUUCCAGCCAAGGUACGAAGAGCUGCAAGGUCUACGCGACGGAAGCUACAAGUUUUGGUUUCAAAACAGCAGUGAAGCAACGGCUCCCUCGCUCAACGGUUGGUAAUCACUUGUAAAUGUACUUCUCUGCUUUUACACAUAUAUCCAUUAAUUAUAAAAUUAUAUUGAUGGGUUUCGGAAAACAAUCUUCUCCAUGUAGAUUUUAGUUAUUUCGAACCCUGAACCGCUGAACCAUCAAUGUGAUUGAACCGGUGAGUCUCAAAACAUAAUUUCAAGUAGUUAGGGUUCAUUUGGAGAAUACGAUUUGGAGUAUGAAUCCUACAUCUAGGAGGCAGUUGUGUUUUUUAAUGCAUUUUAUAUUGUUGAUUUUAGGUUCAGAUAUUCAAAAUUUAUAAAAUCUAAGAGAGAUAUUGAAUCCCAAAUAAUUGUAAAGACUCAAUGUCUUAUUGGUUGGAUUAUUGUUUUUCCAGCUUUAUCCUUCCUUUUGUUAUUUAUUACUUCAAAUAAAUUGCAGAUGCUGAAUUAUACUCUUAUACGAACCAAUUGACCCACCAACUCAAAUGGAUUUGGAAUAUGAAGAUAUUUAAGUAGCGUUACUUCCUCCUCAUCACGGAUGGAUUCUUGUAAUUUUGAUUUAUUUUGACCAGUGGGUGGAUGAAUGAAGAGCGUGGAUGGAUGUCCUCAAUCCAAGUUUCUGAGGUCGGAGGAUGAACAACCAACAGUCGGAUGGACAUGGGAGGAUGGGGGGUCAACAAUCCAAUGAGCUUGAUGGUUUUUAAAGUUCGGUCGAGAGUUAAUUUUAGAAAGUUAAGUUUAAGUUCCAGGGAUUUGUUAAACGCUAUGAGUUUCUGGACAUGAUUUACUUGGAAUGGUGUACCAUUUUUCUUUUCUUUGUUUACAAUAUAAACUUGGUGGCUUAUGUAGUUGAUGAAUCAAUGGGCCCGAAGGCCAAAGAACAGCAGCACCCAACAAUAGAUGAGAAAUAUCAAGUGGUAUCGAAGUAAAAGAUGCUGGAAUUAGGUUGAGAUUGGAACUCAGUUAGGAAACAAACAGCUGCAUUUCUAUUAUCUUUGAGGUAUUGUCAGAUGUAUGACUAUAACUCAAUAUUGCAGCGGGUCAGCCUCUUUGGGAUAGCAUUAGGUUGAUGGUGAAAGGGGCAGUAUGAGGGGCUUUCAUGUCUGUCACUAAUGAUUCUUCCCAGCACACACUGUAGGUAUUCUUCUAUAUAGCUAUAGUUAUAAGAAGUAUGAUUUUAAACCACGUUUGCUAUUUGACUACAGCUUCCUUUUGGCAGCUGUUUUGACUAGAUUCAAUCCUAUCAUUUGGAGAUGGUGACUAUUCUCUGCAGUUAAGAUUAAUGGAAGCCGAUGCUUGCAUUUUUGCUCCACCUGAUUUGGUUUAGGAAGAUGUUGUUUCUCCACUUUUCCCUUCUUUAUUAUUGGUUUCGCGUGCAAUUGAAUCUACAUUCCAUGAUUUCGCAUGAUUAUAAACAAUGUAAAAGAGGGACUUCUUUCAGACAAUAUGGUGGUUACUUAAUGUCAUCUGUUUGGUGGUCCAAUCACUCAUGCUAUGACGUCUUUUUCUUGCUUGCUUUUGUUUAUCUCUAAUUGUGUAUGGAAUGACACCAUUUUAUUCAGAUUAUCAUGCCAUGAAGGAUGAGAAGACUGCCUUCGGUUUGGUUAAUCUGCCAUGUUACAGUUUUGCUGCACAGUUUAUUUGAUCAGACACCACUCUCUGCAGAGUUUAUUUGAUCAUACCUCUGGCUGAAGGUGCUGUCUUCAUGUGUUAUCCAGGGUAAAAAGAGUAACAGAGUAGCUAGCCUAUAUAUGUACAUCCUACAGACGUUCAUACUUUUGGAGCCUUGGAAACAGAUUAGCUUCUGAUCAGUAACGAUUCUAUUCUCAUGCAUUAUAGCCUAUCAUUCCUUCAUUUCAUGGUUACAAAAGAGUAGCUUUUCGUUGACACAGAGAAUUUGAAUCUUACUGAGAUAUUGUAGUUUUUGUUGCGUUAUGAAGAUCCUAGUAAAACUGAGUACUCUAUGUAGCUUCUGAGUUAGAUAACAUUGAAGUUAAGUGAUUUGAUAUGUGUUUGUGUUGCUUAAUAUCUUCCAUUAGAUUCCUUGGAGAUUGGAUGUACUUCAUUUUAACCAUAUAAAUCCCAUUGAAAUGAUAAGUUGUAAUACCAGCAUCCAUUGUUGAAUUUCCCCCCAGUUUGAUUAUGAUUCAUCUAAAAAGGCUUGAACAUCACCUUUCAGAGGAUCACAUGCUUGCUUUUGAGAUUCACGCUCUUUGUUUCCUCAUCCAUUAUGUGUUAGUGAGUUUUUAGUAGUGUCAAAUUGUGAGGGUAUGCCGCAUCAGUUCAUUAGAAGAGUAGCUGAAACCAAAAUGAAACUUCGUUACGUGUUUGGGUUUCUCUUACCAGGAUAAGCUAAUACUUACAAUCCCUUCCUGUUAAAUAUGCGGAUCAGUAAGUCGGUCUAUUAGAGCAAAUGUUUAUACCGGGUUUGGCAAAUUUUAUAGCAGCUAGGUUGUAAUCUAUCUUCCGCCAACUGUUACAGUAAUGGCCAUGAUCUCCGUUUGAGUUUAUUUAUUCAGGUUGAUUGUGGAAUUAACUAUGUCAUAGUUGUUGAACAGUUCCAUAUGUGUAUAUAAUGUAAGUGACUUCACAAGGAUGGCCGUGCAUUUUUGUUUUAAUUAUUGAAUGCCAAUGUCAUUCUUUUCAUUUUAUUUGGCUCUUAGGAUCAUCAUCCCAGGUCAGGUUGGCUUCAUAGGGUUAAUGCAGCAGCGGCAGCAGUUUCAACUUCGUCCACUCUAGGUUCUACAAUAAGAUAUGUUCCUGCAUUAAAUUAGCUUCUUGAUCACUCCGUGCUUGCGCGCUUAUAUGCUUUAAUUGAUACAUUUGGUUGUCUUUUCUCUAAUAUCUUCUGAUCUCAUAUGCAUAAAGGAAAAGGCCCCUGCAUCUUCUUUCCCUUCACCAACAAAACCAGCUCGGCCUCGAACUUCAGCUCUUGUGAACCCAGUUUCUGUAACAUGGUACGUUCCCACUUAUGUUUACGUCUUUCUAAGUUAUACAAGAUGAAACCUCUUUGAUCUCCUGAUAUAAACUUCGAUCCACUUUCAGAAUUGCAAAGGCUAUCACACUCCUUUUGGUCACUGUCACUGUCACUGUCACCAGCACAAGUCUCUUGGUCCUUUAUUACCAAUUUCUUUCAUUCCGGUUCCUUCUUUUUAUACCAAACAUUUCACCGUAGCUCUUUCUGUCAACAAUUGUUCCUUCUGCUUUAUUUCUCAAAUGUAAAGAUGGCUGAAUGGUAAAUGUUACUGUUGCUUCGUUAGGCCUUGACUAUUUACUGACUUCUCUGUUUUCAGUGCUUGAUAUCCUUACUGCUUUGUUAACAUCUCUUCUCACAGUUGUCAUGGACAUAUCAGAAUUCAGAACUAUGCCAAGGAAGAACAGACAGAUCGGCUCAUCCUCUUACCUCCUUCCCCAUGCAGAUUUGUGAAAUCCAUUCUUCAUGAAUUGAUGGAUUAAUAUUGAAUUUGAUAUAAAGUGCAAAUGUUUAAUCUAUUUGGGUGGUAGCAGAUUGUUGACCAUUCUUUAUAUACAACAUUAAGAGGUGCUUCUUCUUAGCAUUCUGAAUGUUGUUGUUUGGAAGGAGGUGAAGAUAAUCUCGGAGACUCUUCAAAAGGUUGUCGUAGCCGUUACUGAAAACCCUGCUAUAGAGGGAAAAGCUAUGGAUCGAUAUCUUAGGAACCAUUCAGGUAUGGUCUGCUUUCAUGAUUCUUUAUCAUUUAUUGAUUAUGUUGUGUAUAAUUUUGGUCUCUCAUGUUGCUAUUUGAGUCCUCUCUUUUGUUGUCAAUCUCAUUUCACAACUUCAAGGGCAAGUAUUUGUGCGAUUAUGUUUGGUAGGCCACUUGUUGUCUUUCAUAGGCUAUUUAGUUUCAUUUUGGGAUAUAAACCAAGGCCGACUUGAAUGAAGGAUGUUGAAUUCGUUCUUUUUCUCACUGCUGGGCAGGUUGGCAAGCCAUUGUCCAACGACGCAAAAGCACAAAAACUGGGUUUUCAGACUUGGAUUGAAGCUGUAAUUGAACUUGCCCCUCACCCUUUUCAUCGUUGCGACUAUCUAUUUGAGAUCUUACUGGUAUCCUACUGCCACAUAGGAGAGUUGAGCUUUUAGGGUUUGAUAGGAAGGUGGAUUAGAACACACCAGAAUUCUUAAGUCUCUUAAAAGUUAAACCCAGUGGGAAAGGUUAAGUCAGAACCUGGAUUGCUUAAAAUUCUAGGUUUGUUCUGUUUUCAUUUCAACAGGUCAUGUAUGAAUACUCUACCGAGUCAGAAUUGGAUACCCUGAGUUUCAUUUGAAUGCCAUCCAGUAAGCUCGUUGUUUCAUUGGUUUAACCGAUGUCCUUUAUUUUUAUACCAGUCAAUUUGGUUACCGUGCAAGGUUACUUGCAAUGUUUGUAGUGAUAGUUUCCCUGUUGAGUGAACGGGUUAUAUUGAGGGAUUUAAAGCUGCAUAUCAGAGUCGGAUACAUUGAGAUCUCCCUCUUCUCUGUUUCCUGUCAGAUCUAUAUUUCCAUAUGCAAUUGCUUGCUUCUGCCGCUAUCUAGAGUUCUUUCAAUUGUUUUUCAUUUCAGACUAGCUACUUCUAUACGAUGUUCUUUCACUGACCUACUGAUGGAAUUGGCCUCACAAGGUUAAUUAUACAUUUUUGGGUCCAUAUUGAAUACUACCGUGAAUCUUUUAUUUCGUCGGCAAGUUAUGCUUUUUACUGGCUAAGUAUUGUUAUAUCACCGGGGGUCUUUUCUGGGCGAAAUCAGUUUCUGCAGAGUGAGAUUUAGUUUGUAUUUGUUGCAGAACUAUGGGCUUCAAUUUCAUAUCAGACCUACUACGGUUCCUCUUCCUCAUUCAAUCCCCAAUCAGGCCAACUGUGGGCUUUAAUUUCAUAUCAUAUCCGUUAUAAAUUUUGGGGCUUUUUGACAGGGGUUACUAAUUGUGGCUCUAGACUCUAGUUUUAUUAAAUCGCCCGAACUCACAUCUUUUUAUUUCCUUUUUACCCUUGUAUUUUUCCUUAAAAAAUAUUUUAUUUUAACAUAGUCCAUACAAAAUUCCCAUGAGCUUUCUGUAUUCAUUCCACCGCCGCUGGCCAAUUCCGGAUGCAAGGGAUUAUAAAAACAGAACUAAUCCGCCGUCGCCGAUCUGUUCUUGGACAAUUGUCGGCACAAACUAACGUUACCGGCGGCUGCUUUUGGUAGAGGGUGAUUCAUGAUGGUGGCCAUGGGUAGCGUGAGAUUACCAAACAGAAUGUCUACCAGUUCCGUGUCGAAUUCCAUGAAUACAACUCAUUUCUUCUCCCCGUUGACGAUCACCUUCACCUUAUUUGAAUAACAUAUUGGCCCCAAAUGCUAAUAAAAACAACGGUUGCAU